UGACAAGAUCGUUUUUUUUUAGAUAUAAGGCAUAUUUCGUGAUAGUUUACUCAGGCAACAUUUACCACAAAACUAGAUCCACCAUUUGCACUUAUUUUGAACUGGAGCUAUGUGACCCCGGAAGUGAAGUAAUAAAGACAUGGCUGUGGACUGGAUUGGCUUCAUUUAUGCUGCUCUGGUGUCAACAGGAGGGAUCAUGGGUUACAUGAAAGCAGGUAGUGUCACUUCUCUGGCUGCAGGGCUCCUGUUCGGCCUGCUGGCUGCUGUUGGUGCUUAUCUGAUAUCUCAAAAUCCCAGGAAUGUCUGGCUGUCAAUAGGCACCUCGGGAACUCUGGCUGUGGUGAUGGGACUGCGGUUUUUUAACUCUGGGAAGUUCAUGCCUGCUGGAUUUAUGACUUUGGCAAGUGGCCUGAUGCUGUUGAGAAUCAUCUUGAUGCUAAAGAGACCACAUCGAUCUUAAAUAUGUGUAAAAAUGUGCAUAUUCUGUUUGUACUUUUUUUUACCAAAAAAACCCCCAGUACAUUUCUUCAUUUUUCUGUAAAUCUAGAAAUAUUCAGUUUUUCUCUUACAGCAGGGUUCUGUAUAUGAAUAUAUAAUGUAAUGAAAAAAUAACAAUUUCAGAGAUUGAUCACUGAAAAGAAAAAAAUAUGCAAGGCGAGACUAUUUCUUAAAAAAAAUCUUUAUUUGAAAAUAGUAAAAAAAAAAUAUAGCAAGCAGUUUUUUCCAUGUGUCUGAUUUUUAAAAACAAUAAAUUCUGAUUUUUUUUUCAAAUAAAGGAAAAAAACUCAUUUUCUGGUCUAUUCUUUAAAAUUAUUGACAGCAGAAUUUCCAGGGCUCAUGCCCAACAUUGAACAGUCUAGCAGGACUCACUCUUGCACACUGUUGGCAGCCUCUCCUCCUAAGUG